AUAUUUAAUUUGAGCAAAAAAAUAAAGAAAGAGAAAAAAAAAACAAGGGCAUGAAUAAUUGAUCAGUUUCUGCAAUCCGAUUACAAUGUCCGCAAACGCAGAUGCUGGAAGGGCUGCGCAAAAAUUGAAUUUGUCUUCGUCUCCACACCGUAGGAAACGGACAAAUUCCGAGGAUGAUUCGACGGGUUUCUGUGGGACGUUGCAGAGGUCGCCUCCGCCAGUGCCGCCGGCGUUACUCCGACGAAUCGGCGUCAAGGAAAUCACCGGAGUCGGCAAGGUAGGAAGAAGGAUCCCAUAAAUAUUUACUUUUUGAUCAAUUUAAGCGCAAAAGUAGCUCAUUUGAUAUGCCAUUUCACUGGGAGCGAAGGAGUAGGAAGGAGGUGGCGCGCGCCUAAUAAGGGACAAAGACAAAGCUUCUACUCCCCCGGCAUAUAAUAUACUUGAUCGCCUUAACGUAA